AUGGCAACUCUUACAGAUUUUGUCGAUUUCUCUCAAGACUCCUUGAAAUAUGCUGCGCUGUCCAUUGCAUUUAACCCAAUAUUCUGGAAUCACUUCUUGGCCCGUAUCUUUGGUAGCCCCUACUACGGCUGCUACUUCCUCGCCGUCACCAUCUUCUCCCUUGGAAUCCUACGCGACCACAUCUACCAGCAGGCCCUCGAAGAUCAGCCUUUCUAUGCCCCAGUGCACCAACCUAUUCUCGGCGGCAUUUUCUUUGCCGUGGGCUCUGUUCUCGUUCUGUCAAGCAUGUAUGCCCUUGGCGUUACCGGCACCUAUUUAGGAGAUUAUUUCGGCAUCCUGAUGGAUGCACCUGUGACCGGGUUCCCGUUCAACGUCACCGGCUCUCCGAUGUACUGGGGCAGCACUCUAAACUUUCUCGGCGUUGCGCUUUAUAAGGGCAAGGUUGCGGGUAUCCUGCUUACGGCGCUGGUGUUUGUUUUAUACUGGUUUGCCUUGAAGUGGGAGGACCCUUUCACCGCGGAAAUCUACGCAAAGCGCGAACGCGAACGCACUAAGUCGAAGCGAGACGGCAAGAGUCAGUAG